AUGAAGGUCAAAGAAGCAUUAAAUCAAAGCUAUGCAGUCUUCCAAUACUACUUCCCUUGUGACAAAGUAUUGGCUAAAAGGAUAUUCAAAUCAACUGUACAUUCUACGGUUGCUCUCAUCUUUUGUUUAAUCCCCAAAGUACGAGAUAGAUUAGGGAAUGAACCUGCGAUGCUACCCCUUAUAUCUGUCAUGGUUCACCCUGGACGACGGGUCAGUGGUACCAUUCAAGGAGCAAUCUAUUGUACCACUGGCUUAAUUUUUGGACUAGCAUUUUCAUUACUUGGAAGAUUUUUGGCACAGAGAUGUUUGGGGUCAUCAUGGAAAGUAUUGGAGGAAAAGGAGCAGUUUGCAACCAAUUAUAACGGGUACCAAGCUGCAUUGGCCAUUCUAGCCAUAUUUGAGGUCAUCAUGCUUUUUUUUCACGGAUGGAUGAGAGCAGUUUCGCAUCAUUAUUUUGGUAUUGUAUUCCCCUUAUUUUUAGUGGUACAUUUCGCUUUCUUGUCCCCAUUGAAUGACACCGCUGCUGUCAUUGCUAAAUCUUUCAGUACUCCUUUCUAUUUAGGUAUUGCGCUAUCUCUAUUUUGGAAUUUGACCCUAUUUCCGGAAUUUGGUAGUACCUACCUUGGUAAUACAACAAUAGAGGCUCUCAAUGAGAUACAUCAUUCUAUCAACAACGCAAUUAAUUUCUUUCUUUCAAUAGACGAAAGUUGUAAAACUUUGUAUGCUGCUGAUACAGUUUCUUCAGCUAGAUUACUGAAAAUGAAAGAUAAUAUUUCGAAGAAGGUUAAUACAUGCAACGCUGUGAUGGAAGAAUGCAUUUAUGAAAUAUCCUAUUCUUAUAUGUCCCCUAGUGAACUGAAACCUAUUACAUCCAGGUUUAAGGACCUUUCAACUUAUGUUAGUGCCGUUAUUAAUGCUUGUCAGUUAGAAUUCAUGCUUCUAGGACAUAAACACAAUGGACAUGAUUUGCUAAAUAUCGGUACAGAAAAAGAAAUCCACCAUGCUGAUGCUGAUAAGUUGACUAGAGUAUUAAUAAAACUUAGGGUUCAUGUGUUUAAUUUGCAUAAAACAUUAAGUGACUGUUUCUACUUAAUCAAAGUAAUAUUGGCCAGGGAUUUUGAUGUUCAUUUUGAGAAAGUAAGAGUUCCAAAAGCUUUUGCAAAAGACGAUUUCCCCCAUUUUGAUUCUAAAAAUGACAUUCCUACAGACUUUGAUACUGAAAAGUAUAUUAAUGAAUUAAUAAAAGCUCUAGUAGAGUUUGACCUGUCUUUCAGGGAGGAGUUGAGUAAUAUAGAAGAAGAUCUAUUGCAGCCAAAUGACGAAAUGUUCUUAUUGGCAUCGUUUUUGAUGAACUUUAAAGAAAUUACCAAUACAGUGAUAUCAAUUAUGAAAACUGCGCAGGACAUUCACUAUAAGCGUAUAGAUAGAGAGAGUAAAGGUUGGAUUCGAGGGAAAUCUAUAUGGUUCAUGGCCUUCCACAAAAAUAGAAGUAUUGUCAACUGGAUAUAUGGCACCCAGAGGGCCACACGGAGUGGUACAGAAAAUGAAAGUUUGAAUGGUGGUAACUCUAUGAAAUUUGAACCUGAAACAGUUCCUUUAAGGCCCAAUAAGCAAGAAGAAAAGGUUCUUCCCCAACAAGCUUCCACUUAUAUGACUAUGAAUGAGAUACAAGGUAGAGAACCUAUGCUUCCAACAAUGAGUAAUAACCCUAUGUCGGAAAUAAAGAAACAACAAUCUAUUGAAAUAGUUAAGGAAAAAUCUGUUGGUUGGUUUAAAGCAAAUAUGUUAAAAGCAGAUAAGACAUACAAAUCAUGUAAAAACUAUUUCAGAUUUGGUUUCCAGGUUGCUGUUGCUUUAAUGCUUUCCUCUUUACCCAUGUUUGUUCCAGAAGCAAGGCAUUGGUAUAUCGAUAUACAUGGUGCUUGGGUUGGUUUCGUGUGCAUAUUAUGCCUAGAACCCUCGGUCGGUGGUACUUUCUGGGUGUUUUUUCUUCGUGGAGUAGGUGUUAUUGUCGGUGCAGCAUGGGGAUACCUUUCAUAUGUCGCAGGAAAUCACCAAAAGGACCCAUACUUAGAAGUGAUUGUCUCCAUAUUUGGAGCAGUACCAGGUUUUUAUUUUCUUUUAGGCUCACCCUAUAUUAAGGCCGCUAUUAUUCAAAUCAUCAGUAUUUAUAUUGUUAUGUUGGCAUCUGUGAUCCCUGGGUCGGUGAAGGGUAGUAUACUUCAAAACUUUGCAAAGAGAUGUUUGGCUGUCGGGUAUGGGGGCGGAACCGCUCUAUUAGUCCAAGUAACUCUUUUCCCUAUUACCGCCAGAGAUCAACUCAAUGCAGAAAUAGCCUUUUCUGUUGGUUGUGUUGCAGAAAUGGAGCUACUCUACGCGGCUGGUAUAGAAGGUGAAACUUUACACAUAACUUUGACGGAUCAAAAAUAUGAUCGGUUUAAAGAACUUUCUGAGGCUACAAAGGCCGCUUUGGGUCGUGCUACUGCAUUUAAAGGGUUGACAAGACAAGAACCAAGAUUAAAGGGUGAAUACACUGAGCUGGAAAAUGUUUUCACUCAAAUUAUAUUCAUUUUAAAACAGAUAGUUGAACGUUUGGAUAAUAGUGUUUUAUUGAGACGGCAAUAUGGUAGCGCUAUUUCCGAGGAGUUGAAUCACGUUGUUUAUCCUUAUAGAAGACAAUUUGUCGCAUCUAUGGUAGAUGUUUUAAGAGCAGUUCAAGAAGCAUUGAUUAAUAAAACGCCAUUGCCACAAUAUCUACCGAGUUCGAGAAUAGCUCAUAGAAGACUUAUCAACAAAGUCAGAGAAACUCUUAAAAUUAGAUACGGUGCUCAAUUAAGAGCGUCUAAUCGACCAAAUAGCAUGGAAGGAUCCAAGAUAAAGAUAACCCGUGACAGCGAUAGUAUGUCUAGUGAAGAUUCAGAUGAAGACUUGGGUUUAGUAAUGAAAACAAAAGAUGAUCAUACGUCUAAGGAAAGAGCAUUCAUAUUGAAAGAAAAGUUUUUGAGUUGGAGUGCAUCAAGUUCAGCCAGUGAGGAAAUUAUUGAAUAUGUUGAAGAACUAGUAGAAUUAACCAAAAUAUUGGUUGGUGUUAAUGAGUUUAAAUACGGGUUCUUGUCACGGCCACUUUAUGAGGAUUGGGCGGCUGAGGCAGUCGUAGGUUUUGCUGACUUUGUGAAUCAAACCCAAACGACCCAUCCUCCUCCUACAACAGGUACAGAAUUAGAUAAUGAUGCUGUUGCUGAAGAUGAAGCUUUAUCACUUGAGGAAGACGCCGUCUCCUCCAGAAGUAGUUACCUAGGACCUGAGCAACCAAUGGCUCUACCAGAUGAUAGUCACAUCUCCAGAACAUUAGCUAGAAUGGCUUCCAAUACUAAUGAAGCAACAAAAAGAAGGGCAUCGUCUACUUGGAGACGCAGAGCUUUCUCUAUUGGGUCUGGUAUAGGGACUGAUGAUCUGAAUAAGAUCACUAAAGUUCAUACUUUAGGUGACUCGGAUAGUGGCUACUAUGAUGAUAACAUGUCUAGUGAUGAUGGUGACUCUGAUGACGAGCUUCCCUUAGCAUUGAAACGGAUAGUCAGUCGUAAAAAGUAA